GAGAGCGUACUAUACUAUAAUAUCCGUUUGUGCCUAUGUAACAUUUUUAUUAUUAUUAUGAUACAACAAAUUAUAUGUAACAUCGUGGGUAUAUGUGGGUACCGCCGCCGCGCCUAUCAUUUUCCGGUCAAUUAUCGCCGUAAUAAUGUGUGUAUAGGCAUCUCGUAUAGGAACAGUAGUACUUACCAAACAUGUGUGUACUUGCACGCAUACAUAAGAUUAAUAUUAUGCUUUAUUACCUCCCCACGAUUUGUACCACGUUCGUGUUGUCUGGAGUGUUCGUCACGUAAUAGUAUCCAAUAUUAUUAUUGUUAUUAUUCGUCGUCGUCGUCGUCUCACGAAAAGAAUUAAUAUGACGACGGAGUCUUCCGGUUAGAUCGACGACGCAUGAUAUAGGUAGGUAGGUAGGUUCUGUCAUACCACCACGCCGACUCGCACAGCACGCUACACACCUCUGCAGCAACUUCUUGUAUAUUCAAUUUUGACAAUGUUAUUCUUCUUACAUACAGUAAAGCUGAUUACGGACAGACAUGACUUUGGCCAUUCCGUGAACGACAAACGGACAUCGCCGACGACCGUGACCAGUGACACCGUCUGUCACUGUUUAGCCUGUUGUUACGUAACCACGACCGUUACGACGGCCCUGCAACCACCGGUGGUCCUGACCACCAGGAUAAAUAGCGGUAAGACAGCCGUGGAUACGAGUGAAUCUUCCGACAGCGAGCCGCCUUCCGAGGCCGCUGCGUUUGUCGCUUCCGCCUCCGCUGCGGCUUUAGUUUUGUUGGCCGCUCUAUUGGCCGUAGUACUGUCUUCGGCCGCACUUCUGACCGUCGCCUCCAUGGUGCCGAUGGCCGAUGCAGCCACGCACGAUGUCCGCCGACCUCAAGCCGCCGAUUACAUUAAUUUGUGGCACCACCAACAACAGCAGAAGCAGCAGCAGCAGCAGCAACAGGUGGUUGGUCAGCGGAUAUACGACAACGACGCGUUAAGACAGAAGAGGCAACUGUUCAACACGAACACAAAUCGUGAACCCGGAGUUGUGGCUUUGACGUUUUCGCUGAUCGGUGGAACUUUUUCGGACGCCCGUCAAGCAUUCCGGAACGUCUCGAGCAUCGUGCGUGACACAAUCAGCGAGGCGUCCAGAGAUCCUGCGGCCACCACCGCCGCCGCCGCGGACCAGAUGAUGAUGGCCGCCGUCAAUACCGCAGACAACGAGGUCGGCGGCGGAACUGCAUCCACCACUGUGGCCACGGACCAGAGGAUGGCCGGCCAAGCGCUGGGCAAGCUGUUCGGUCGCAACUACCGCGGUCUGCGCCGGCUGUUCGACUCCGAGCUCCGGUCCGCCAUCAAGAACUCACCGGGAAAUGUCCGUGAUUUCGCCGUCGAGUUGAUGGGUUCCAUCGGUCAGAGCCUCAGACCAUCCAAUCUAUUUUCUCGGGGGCUGACAAACGGCACUACGACCACGGCCAGCCAACGAUGAUGAUAUCAUCGGAGGAGGCAAAGUCAAUAUCAAAUCCAAAGUUAGAGUAGUCAGAAUCGGUGACGAUGAAAGCUCUACAGUGUCCAUGGUCUGUGGAACGUCACAAUUACAUGAUAAUAAUUAUACGAUAAAUCAUAAUAAUAUUAUGGAGCCAUUUAAGUGUCAAUCAUAAACUAUAUUAUUAUUAUGCAACUGAUUGAAUAUAAUAUAUUAUAUUAUUUAUUGCAAUAUGUAUAUUAUAUGUAUCGAUAUAUUUAUCAUCAGUUAUAGUCAUCAUUAGUAAAUAAAUAGUAAAUAAUAGUAAUUAGUAGCUUAUUAAUAGUUUGUAUAAUUUAUUAGAGUACAACGAGAACGUAGGUACAUUUUUUUUUCUGUAAACGCACUGGUCAAAGGAAUUGGAGUGAGUACAUUAUAAGCAUGUAAUAUGUGUAUUGCUCUGAUCCGCCAUAAUAAUCUUAGGGCGUAUGUUGUUCAUACGUAACCAACAAAUGUAUAUAUUUUUUUAGUAUUAUUUUUACCAUUAUUUUAUUGUAUUCUUUCGUGUAAGACUCUAUGUGUUAUACUUAUAAUAAUAUUUAAACGAUUCUACGAGAUUUUAAUAUUAUUUUAUUUUUUCGCAAUGAAAGCAUGUUGCACGUGAUAUUACUGUACAACGCCCAUUGGUUGAUUAUUUAUUCGAAAUAUAUUAUUUUCUUACGAUUAUAUCCAUUUGAGUAAAAUAUACAUUAUACAUUAUUUGACUGCA